UUAGCCUUACUGUAGAAUUGUCUUCACCAACCCUCGUCAACUCUCCACGUUCCCAAAUCCCAAUGCUUCUCCACGCCCAAGGAGAUGCGCCAACCUAGAGAUGCUUUGCUCCUAACCCCACAAGGUUCUGAGACUAUAAAUAGAACUCUUUUUCUCGGGAGGCACUAACACUCGCUUCUGUCUGUAGCAAAUAGCUCAAGUAGGCUUCUUCUGUCAUCUCACUUCCCUAAAACCAAGUCUUAAGAUCAUGGGUUCCGGACCAAACCGCGAGUGUGAGAGCAAAGAUUCCUCUGGCGAGAAAUCGAGAGUUUAUAGUGAUAGAAAUCCUGUUUAUAUUACUUCUGAUAAUGGAAACCGCGAUGAGCUAAAUCAACUUAAUACGCAGCAUCCCAUCAGUUGCAAUGUCUCGUUGAAUCCUAAAGAAAUUGAUGACGCUCAAUAUACUUCCUCUAAAUUUAUAGAGGGAAAAGGUAGAUGUUUUAUCAUCAAUCAAAAAGAUAUCAUUCCAUAUCAAGGGCUUCGCAUGCACCCAGUGGAUUCUAAAAAUAUCCCUACUUCUUUCAUCCCUUGUGAAGACAUAAAAGAAGCAAAGAAGUUGUAUGAUUGCUUGAGUUCUUGCAAUGAUACAAUGGUAGUCCAGUGCUAUGAUAUAAUUUGUUAUGAAGAUAAGGAAUGGUUGGUUGUCGUUGAGCCUGUUGAAACUCUUAAAUCUCUCUUUCGAAGGAUUAUGGAGGAUCGGAUACGUACGUCUCGUACAGGAAUCCCAGCUACCGAUAAAGCCAGAUGGUGGAAUCACAUAAAAGAUUUAUUUACUAAUAUAUUCCGAAAUGUUAUAAGUGCUUGUUGUACUGUCAUUUGUGAAGAGAAGUUCAUGAACCAAGGGCCCGUUUACUUUAACAAUUUAGAAAAAUGUUUAAUGAUUUCUGUUGCUGAUAAAUGUGUGAAGCUUUUACCAGAUUGGGGUGCAAAAAAGGGUAGAGGUAUUAAUAUUGACAAGCUGCAACAACUUAUGUCAAGUAUAAUUGGGCUUCCCUUUGAGUUGAAUGAUGUUGCAGCAGAUGGUGAUUUCAAAUUGCCCAAUGAGCUAGUCUCUUUUCUUCAUAAUCUGCCAACGAUAACUUGAAAUAUGUGGGUUUGAAGUUUCUACUUGAUGCUCCAUACUUUUGGAGUGGCAACAAGAGGUACAGAUUUAUUGAAAAUCUGUAUGACCUCAUGAAGAGAGAUGUGAUUCAAAGGAAGCUUCUCAAUGACAAAUUGAAAUGUAGGCAUGACGAAGCUAGAUGGGUAAAAAAUAUUGCACAAUAUGCGGUGCUUUGGGGGAUAUAUAAAUAUGCUGGAUCAUCAGGUGUAGCUCCUGCAAAGUAUGAAUUGGAUAUCGAUGUUGUACGGUUUUCGUCCAAUGUUUACCGCCAUUAUAAUGAUGAGCAAUAUAAAAAGCUGUGAACUAAGGCUUUAGAAAGAGUUAAAAUUGAGGAUGAGUUGAGAGCUGCUAUCCCAAAUUUGUAUGUCAACCUUUCUGAAGCCCUUUUGUUGUAUGCAAAAUCCAAUCGUGGCAAGCGAGAAGCAAUUUUUGAGAAAGCAUUAAGUUCGGAAUAUUUGUAAAUUUUCUGCUUGGAAUGGUUUACAGAAUGCAGUGUAUGGAAGGAUGCAGAGUACUUGGCUCUUCUUCAUAGUGUAGGCAGUUUUGUAAGAAGGAAAUUGUUCAUGUAGAAUUCCUUGCCUACUAUGGAACAGCUAAAAUGGAGAUUAUGGUCCUUCGGAAACAACCUAGGAGUUUGAUAAUAUAUUUGCUAGUUGAUGCAGACAUUUUUCUUUCCUGCAUGCUUUGUGUUACGAUUGUAUAGUAACCAUUCAAGUUUGACUUAACAGUUGUUACUCGUGUCGGAAAAGUGUACCAAAAAAUAAAUGUAUAGUUCCGGCUGUAAAUCAAUAAACAGAGGCUUGGAAAUUGUGUUGUAAGUAUUGUAAUAAUCUUUUUCCAGCAUGAUGGUAUAUAGUUAUAGGCAAGCAGAUUCUGA